GCGCCGGUGGCUCAUCUCAGCCUUCGAAUUCCUCCUCCGCCGCUACAACCUGAGCGCUGUACAUAUUGUGUCUGACUGAACAAGCCAUCGACUGCUGCUGCGACUGUCACUCACUACUCUGGCCGUGAAGGGGACGCAGCAGUCCGCAGACUUGGAGCAUGUCGCUCAUCAGCGACCCAGACUAUCUCAUACACUCACUGCGUCUGAACUAUCUGCGCAAUGUCGACGACCCCUACGGUCCCCGCCUCGUCUCGCUCGAUCACUCCUACGACACGAACCCCUACAUCUUCGCCGCGGGCCUCACUGACGUCGAGAAAUGGCCAGAGCUCGCCAUGCCCUCCAGCCCUCCCCCGAGCGACGACGAAGGCACCUCCCGGCCCGGCGGCCGCGGGCUCGGCGCGACGGGCUUGAAGUACACCACGACGAUCAUGGGCCCGAGCAGGGUAGGCGCGAUGGGCCUGCGGGUGACUGGGAAGCGUUCGUCGGUCGGGAAGAGUUCGUAUAGGUUCUCGAUACGCUCGGCGACGGAGGUGGGCCCGAGCGUGCCGCCUGGCGAGAAGAACGCGAUGGAGGCGCAGGAGGCGUCCCCGACGAAGGGCGGCGCGGAGGCGUUGGACGGCGCUGUGAAUGGUGGGUCUGUGCCUACCUCGGACGCGACUGCUGGAGCAGAGGACCAGAAGGAGCCUCAUAAGAACUUAUCACCCGAGUUUCAUCCUCGGUUCAAGGGCGCGGCCGAGAUGGAGGCGAGACGGAAGCUGAGGAUGCUCGCGAGGGCGCAGCCACCGCCUGCGGCGAUCCGGCCACCCCCGCCAAACCACUAUCUCAACCCGGAGCUGUCGUCGUCUGAGUCCGAGUCUGAGGAGGAUGUGGACGAGGACAUACCGGAAGAUGAGGAUGAGGACGAGUUUGACAUGGUGCCGGAGGUGGACGAUGCGAUCGACAUGGAUGGCGAUGACUUCGACCCUGACUUUACAGCCAGCCGCGGCCUCAGCGGAGACCUCGACAUGCACACCGACAGCGACGGCGUCUCCAUCAUGUCUGGCACCAACUCCGUCAUGUCCACCUCCGAAGCGUCCUCCAUGGUGGGCUCCUCCUUCCCUCAAGGCAGCAGCACGCGUACGCGUAGCCGACUCAGCCCCGUGCGGGAGGGCCGGCACAGCGAGGAGACCUCCGUGGAGGCGCUGCCCGAGCGGCCGGAGGAGUCCGCGCCCAUCGAGCUCGGCUUCGACAUGGUCAUUCCCGCACCCAAGGCAGACAAGGCGAAGCCGCCAGACCUACUCUCCCCGCCUGCGAAGCGUACGUCGAUCGCGGGCUCGGGCCCCUCGAGCGCGACGAGCGAGAACCCCUUUGCGCGCCGCCCCGUCCCCCCCGUGCGCCCAGGCAAGUCUUCGCUGAGCGCGAUGCUCGCGAAUACGUCGAGCUCUUCGUCGACGAAUCCGUUCACGGAGCUCUACAGCGCAAUCGCCGCGCGCUCGGACUCUGAUACAAUGGUGGUGAAUGUGUACUUCCCGCAUGUGCGCGACCCGGCAGGCAAGCCGCUGAAGGUGAAGGUGCGGAAGGAUGCGACGGUGGAGGAGGUGCUGGGCUUCGCGUUGUGGAGCUAUUGGGAGGAAGGAUGGCAACCCAAGAUCGACGAGGGGCUGCAAGGAGAGGAAGAUCCCAAGUGGGAGAGUAGGUGUUCGGCGGUGGGAUGGAUUCUGAGGAUCGCGGAGGAUGAUGGAGAGGUGGACGAGGACUUCCCUCCACCGGAUCGCACUGGUAGGAUAUCGAAGUUCAACUUCGAUGCGUACGCUGUCCUGGAAGCGACUGCAGCACAAGUGCAACAGAACAAGGUGCUCGAGUCCAAGAUCCAGCGGCGCGCAUCUCGCAUUGUCAUUAAAAAGAAGAAAUCCGUGGGCCUGCUCAACAACAUUGGCGCAGCGAAUGCCCUGGCAUUACCAACAGAGACGCUGCUUGGGACUAGCGCGGGCCUGAGCUCACUUGCUUCCUCACUGGGGAUGUUCUCCAGUUCGCUUGGCCCUUCGACGAGCCACGGCCCGCCGCAAUUCUUGCGUAUCAGAAUCUCGGACACAGCCGACGCCGGGCACGUCUCGACAACCAUCCAAGCGUCUGGGGGGAUGUACAUGGCGGAGGUGCUCGAGGCGGUGUGCCAGAAACGCAAGCUGAGCAACCCGAAGGAUUACGCGCUCGUGCUCGACCAUGGCGCGAUGAAAGUGUACAUCCCGCUCGACCGCACGGUGAAGAGUCUGCAGGGCAAGCGCGACCUCAUCCUCAUGAAGCGGAGCAUGCUCCAGAACUAUGGCGUCGAGAUGAGCACCGGCACGGGGCGGACGACGGAUCCCAAUGCGUCUAUACUCAAACGGCAGUCGGAAGUCAUCGAUACCACGCCGUUCAACUCGAUAUUCGACCCGACCAAUGCGUACAAGAAAUAUACCGUGUACCGCAAGCUCCCUAUGCUAGUCACGCGCAGUGCACGGUUGCUCGCUAUAGAUGGCGGCUAUCUUCACAUUAUACCCAUGUCGAACAAGGCGAAGCACGUCUUCGAGAGCGGCAAGACAUCCUCCUACCACCUCAAGAGCGUCGUUGCAUGUCAACAGUCGAGUAAGAAUAGCUCCACGUUCAAACUGGUCGUCCGGGGCAACGCUGAGAGGAAUAAACGCUACGACUUCGAGGCGGAGAGCGCCAAGCUGGCUGCCGAUAUUGUACAAACAAUACGGUCAUUGAAGGUGGCGAUGGAGAGGCCUGGGACUAUCAAACAGUCGCGCAGAAGUAGGCAUGUUGGAUAGCUGGGCGCUGGAGGUGGACCAUUGUACUAUACCGCAUGUUGGAUACCAAGGCAUUGUACAUCAGCAGCAUUCUCCAGUAUAUACCAGGCAGAUUACGACCAUGAUCCCCUUUUUUGCAUAAUAGCAGCACGGCUAUCUCAAAU